CCCCUCUCGAGAUGGCAUCUCAAGACCGAGAACGGGAGAGAAUGCCUCGCGGACUGAGCAGGAGACGAAGAGACUCGAGAAGGGAGUCGCGCGGCAUGUCGCUCGAGAUGCCGGAGCGCUUUCGCGAUGGCGAUGAUGCGGAAGAAGAUGUCACGGCCCCGAAGCGGAACAACGCCGUCUCGAUGAACCAGUCGCUCUUCUCCAUGAUAGCCCGUGCGGGGCAGCACUCGCAGACAGACCUAGGCACGAUGCAAGAAGGCGACUCUGGCGACAGCGAUGACGAGGGCAAGCCCAAGGCGCCAUACCAGGCCUUGGACGGCGCCGCAAGACUGAGCCGUCUGAGCUCUGCAAACGAAUUUCAGACGCCAGCACAAGAGUGUCAUGAGACAAGUACGGAAAACGGCAAGCAUAGGCGGACAUUGUCAGAAAACAGACUGUUGCGCUCGCUGCCCAAGUUGAAGGUAUCGAGUCGGAAGGAAGCACGCCCCGAGGGCCAACGGGCCCAAAUGUCGUCGUCCCAGUUCCUACCACCCAAACCGUCGCCGAGUCCAUCUCCAUCAGCAUUGCCCAAGCGACCCUCCAAGCCAAAGGACAAGGAGAAGGACAAGCUGACAGCCGGCGAAGAGAUACAUGUCGAAACAGCACCAAGCGCUAGCCGGAAAAGCAGGCACGGAAGUACCACUGGGGUAGACAAGAGCCAAGAACCAGCGACACUUGCCAAAAGGCUUCAACAGAUAUUCGAAUUCGACGAGGUGGAAGAGGUCAUCGCCGAGUACGCCUGCUGGCUACUACAAAGCCUUCUUCUACAGGGCUACAUGUACAUCACCCAGAAGCACAUAUGCUUCUAUGCGUACAUACCCAAGAAGCAUCAUGAUGUGAGCAAAACAGGUUAUCUCUAUAAGCGUGGCCGCUCGAAGCUCAACCGUUAUUGGUUCGUCUUGCGUGGCGAUGUUCUCGCAUACUACACCAAUCCAGCAGAGCUCUACUUUCCGAGAAAUCGCAUCAAUCUCCAGUAUGCACUGGCUGCCGAGGUGCUAGAAAGCACCAAGAAAGGGGAAGAAGAGACUACUUUCGCGGUUACGACCGACGAAAGAAGAUAUCUCUUCAAAGCUGACAGCGCGGCGAGUGCAAAGGAAUGGACUAGAUCGAUCCAAAAAGUGAUUUUCCGAACCCACAACGAGGGCAACAGUGUGAAGAUAUCGCUUCCGAUACAGAACGUUCUUGAGAUCGAAGAGAGCUCAAUACUAGACCUUGCGAAUACGGUCAAGGUGCGCGUAAUAGAUAAUGAUGAAACAUUUGCAAUUGACGAGUACUUCUUCUCGUUUUUCAACAAAGGACAAGAUGCACUCAACGUUCUGCGCAUCAUGGUCAACGAUAACGAACACCACCAGGGUACUCACACAGGCGGUGAUCGCGAGACUACGCCUUCCGGCCAUCGCGCAUCACCAGCAGAUGUUGGCGAGACACCCCAUAUCCACGAAAAUGUCCGGGCUACUUUGUCACCACUGCCUGCACCUCGUGCUAGAGGAUCGAGCAUAAGCGAUGUGUCCGCGCGGUCCAGCAACGAGCUCAACAGAAAGAGCUGGGAUGUACGACGUAGCAUGGACGCCACCCACACUCUCCGUGGCCCAGGUCAUGAAGCACGGAAAUCUAAUCAUGAGGCGCGACGAAGCUUCCACGGUGGCCCGAACAACACGCAAAACAAGCGCCACUCAGGGGAUGGCUCACCUCAGUCGCUGAAAGCUGCAGACUCGGAGUCGGCUACGCUUUCGCUUGAACCAGGUACUGAAUCAUCAGCUGCCAUUCAAUCAAUGGAGGAAAGUAACGCUUCCGCCUCGCAAAUCCUAGAUCGCUCCGACCUCUUUCGUGGACCCGCGUACCAGUCAACCGAUAACAAACUCGACUUGCAGCACAAGAACUCGCAGGAUACGGCGCGAUCCCCUCAAGCGAAGACUACCACAGCGGCAAAACGCUACAAACAACCUCAAACGCCGAUUGGCACACCCGAUUUCGAAGACGGAACUGACACUAGCCAAGCAAAUCCUCGCUUGUCGGGUUCGUCGUCGGCUUUGCAGGAUAUUGCCUCUUACCCGCUUCAAAAGGCAUCUGGCCUAGCCGGAUUCUUGAGAAGUCGAUCCAAGAGAAUGGGCAAUUUACUAGCAAGCGAGUCCAUGGGAUACUACGAAAAGGUUUCAGGAAUGCUUGCGGGUGGACGAAAGCACUACAACACUGCCGAGGGCCUGGAGACUGGAGACCAGAUUCAUGGAUUCGAGGACGAUGAAGACGCAGCCAAGGCGGUAGAAAAUUUCCGCGACCAUUUUGCCUUUGCCGAAACUGAGGUAUUACAAUCGUCAUUCUUCGCGUCUUUACAGCGAGUUCUUCCAAACUACGGCAAAAUCUACAUCAGCGGGAGAUACUUUUGUUUCCGCAGUUUGAUGCCAACGUCGAAGACAAAGGUCAUCCUCCCCAUGCGGGAUAUCGAGAAUGUGAACAAGGAGAAAGGCUUUCGCCUCGGCUAUCACGGCCUCGCCAUAGUCAUCAAGGGUCACGAAGAGCUCUUUUUCGAAUUCUCAAAGGCCGAGUUUCGCGACGAGUGUGCGAUUACAGUCCUUCGUAUACUGGAGAACACCAAAUAUCUCGAGGAUGAAGAUUCGUCUUCCUCGGGCAUUGAUAGCGAGGAUGAGGCGGCCAAAGCAGAACACGACUUGCUGCAACAAGCGCGCGAGCAUACCGACGCGGAUAAGCAAGUUGACGUGUCGGAUAUUGUCCGCGCUGCAGACCAGGACCGGAUACCUCUCAUUUUUGACGACCCGCUUGCUUCGUUCGUGGACUUCAAGCCUUCAGAGCCGCUGACGAUCGUCUGCCUUACCAUUGGAUCACGAGGUGAUGUACAGCCUUACAUCGCACUGUGCAAGGAGCUGUUGAAGGAGGGACACAAGGCGCGGAUUGCGACACACGCCGAAUUUGAGCCUUGGGUGCGCAAACAUGGGAUCGACUUUGCCGUCGUGGAUGGAAACCCGGCCGAGCUGAUGCGCAUUUGCGUGGAACACGGCAUGUUCACGUACGGCUUCAUGAAGGAGGCCAAUUCCAAGUUCCGCGGAUGGCUGGACGACGUAUGUAGCUCUUCGUGGCGGGCAUGCCAGGGCGCGGACGUGCUCAUUGAGAGCCCCAGCACCAUGGCCGGGAUUCACAUUGCCGAAGCCUUGGAAAUACCCUAUUUCCGGGCGUUCACAAUGCCGUGGACACGCACUCGGGCUUACCCUCAUGCCUUCUCUGUAUUGGAGAAGAAGAUGGGGGGUGGGUACAAUAGCCUGACGUACAUCACGUUUGAUACCAUAUUCUGGACUGCCAUUUCUGGCCAGAUCAACAAAUGGCGUCGACGAGAACUGGGUCUUCAAGGCACCACGCAGCAUAAGAUGCAGGCGAGCCUGCGACCGUUCUUGUACAACUUCAGCCCUCAUGUGGUGCCUCCGCCCCUCGACUGGCCCGACUGGGUUCGUGUCACUGGCUACUGGUUCUUGGACGAGAGUGAUUUGUACGAACCUCCUGCCGACUUGGUAGCGUUCAUGGCGAAGGCGCGUGCAGAUGGCAAGAAGCUGGUCUACGUUGGCUUUGGAUCGAUUGUUAUUGACGACCCGGCAGCGCUGACAAGGACCGUCGUGGACUCGAUACUGAAGGCCGACGUACGCUGCGUGUUAUCCAAAGGCUGGUCGGAUCGCUUGGAGACCAAGGAUGCUUCGAAGCCCGAGAUUCCUCUUCCAGCAGAGAUCUUUCAGAUCCAGGCGGCACCGCACGAUUGGCUUUUCAAACAAAUGGACGCGGCAGUGCAUCACGGGGGUUCUGGCACAACCGGGGCAAGCCUACGAGCGGGUAUCCCGACAAUCAUCAAGCCUUUCUUUGGCGAUCAGUUCUUUUUCGCGCAGCGCGUCGAAGACAUGGGCGUUGGGGUAUGGUUGAAGAAGGUCAAUACGAGCGUCUUCAGUCGUGCGCUGUGGGAAGUCACCAACAGCCAGCGCAUGAUUGUGAAGGCCAAAGUGCUGGGUCAGAAGAUCAGGAAGGACAAUGGCACGCAAGUCGCGAUCCAGACAAUCUAUCGGGAACUCGAUCGCGCUCGCACGCUCAUCAAGAAGCAGGCCAAGCAGGACGACGAUCAGACUGACGAUUUUGAGGAGGACUGGACCAUCAUCGAGGAGGGCGAGGAGAUGGACGGCACCCAUCCAUUUGAGAUGCAGCAGCCAUUGGCAGGUAUCAGCCAGGACGCAUCCCAGACGGGCGGUGGUUCGUUGGUGUUGGGCAGUAUGGUUUUGAAGGGCGCAGGCGUGCAGAAGCGUGCAUCGGCGUCUGCGCAACGAGAUUGAGUGUUUUUUUGGAGCGUUGUAAUGAGCAUGACAUGAGGCGUUGGGAGCGAAUGGGACCUAGACGAUGUAUGUGUAUGUAUGUAAUGGGCU